CUCUCUCUAAUCCGUGCUACACAUCUCUUAACCGCCGCCGGCCGUCGCUAUCCACCGUCAAUUUGAAAUCACUCCACCGUCGGUUAACCUCCGUUUCUUAAUCUCGUCUGGUGGAUGAAUAUUGUUUGAGCAGCCUAAUAGCAAUACACUGGGGUCAUCAAAUCCAUCACCAAUGUCAGAAAGUGAUCCAGACAUGAUGAAACCAGAGACUAUGAAGUCAUACAUCUGGCUUCAAACUUCUGAUGGUUCAGUUCAACAAGUGGAACAAGAGGUUGCAAUGUUCUGUCCCAUGAUAUGUCAAGAAGUAAUACACAAUGGUGCUGGAUCUUCUGAGAGUCAUGCUAUAUCGCUUCCACAGCGAGUGAAUCCAGAUAUGCUCAGCCUGAUUCUUGAUUACUGCAGAUUUCAUCAAGUGCCUGGACGUUCAAAUAAGGAGCGAAAAAGUUAUGAUGAAAAAUUCAUGCGAAUGGACACAAAGAGGCUAUGUGAGUUGACCUCAGCUGCUGACAGUUUGCAGCUGAAGCCUUUGGUUGAUAUUACUAGUCGCGCACUUGCACGGAUCAUUGAAGGGAAAUCACCUGAGGAGAUUCGAGAUAUAUUUCAUUUGCCUGAUGACCUCACUGAGGAGGAGAAAUUAGAGCCUCUGAAGAACACAAUGGAUGAUCCACGGAUUCGACUACUGAAUAGAUUAUACGCAAAGAAAAGAAAGGAGCUGAAAGAAAGAGAGAGAUUGAAGAAUGUUGAGAUUGGAGAACAUGUGGAUGAACGUUCUGUGGAUGACCUGUUAUCGUUUAUCAACAGCAGAGAUCCCAAGACGUCAAAGGGAAAGAAAAAGAGCAAGAAAAAGAAGGACCAGAAGAUUGAUUCUUCAAAUGACAGAGAAGGACCAGAAGACUUUCAUGACAAGGAAUCGCAUGAUCUUCAUUCCAAACAACAAGGUGUUGAAGAAACUGGAUCCAGCAUGAGAGAGGUACCUGAAGAUGACAUAUUUAUGCCAAAGGUUGCCGGGUCUGAAGAUGGAGAUAUAGAUGAUGAAAUCGAUCCAGCCAUGAAGGAAAUGCUUGAUAGAGAGGUAGAAGAUUUUGCUCGAAGGCUGAACUCCAAUUGGGUUUGCUCCUUAGGACAAGAGAGAAGGCCUGUUCACUUUUCCAUAAACGGCAACAGGACUACAAGACAACAUAUAGGUCAAUCUUCAGGACACAAUUGAUGAAUUUCAAUGGCUGACACAGUUUUGGUUGGUUAUAUGAGCAAAUAGGAGAUAGAGCGAAUGGUUCCACCAGUCAUGAUGCAGUUUUUUAGAGUCCAGUUCUGUAUUAGUUUUCUUGUUUCAGUUUUGUGUUGAUAUAAACUCACAAACCAAUAAAGAAGACAUGUUCCAUUGUUUUAGCAUCAGCAUUCACAAGCCACAUAAGAAAGAAGUCUGACUAAUAUGGUAAGAUCUAAGAGGCCAACACAUAUAUAUAGUCACAUUGUUCAAAGAUCA